AUGGAUGCUCAGCAGAUUCAGAGUAAAGAAUCUGAAAGACUCAGGGAACUCCCAAAGAGGAUUUACCCUAUGUGUUUGGAGCAUCCCAUCAAGAGAGUGUGCCCAAUGGGCACCACGGUAUCUAUUGAUGUUGUGAGGUUUGCCCCUAAGGGUUAUAAGACCUUUGAAGUAUCAACUUCUGAAGGACUCCUUUAUAAUGUGGAAGGUACGAAAUUCAACUUUGCCUUCUCUGGACAUCCCAGCAGAUGGUACCUGCAGCCUUCCUGCCUCCUCAUUCUUAAGGCACUCGCGCCCAGCUCUAAGAUGUUUUCAGAUUGGGUUAGAGUUAACUACUUUAAAAGUGGAGAAGAACAUUCUGACUGUGUGGCCGUGAUGAAUGUCACCUGUGUCUCUAUCUCUCUAACAGUAGAAAACUACCAAGACAAAAUGAAGAACCAAGAAGGAAAGAAGAUGCAUAAGGGAAGAGUCUUUUCCCCCUGGCGGGGGCCCAUCAUGCUUGUCAACUGUGGAUGCAAAAAUAAAUACCCACCUGUGAGAGAGGACAACAAUGAAGUAAAGGGCUCUAUUCAUCAAAUGUCAAAAAUGUUCUUGAGGAUACAUUCCCCACUUGGAUUUUUCAACACCCAUCAACUAACUAUUAAUUGUUCUCACCCAAACAAAGUGAGACUCUUUGGAGUUGAACGACCCACCAUAAAUCCUCCUUACAGAAUGGUGCUGGGGCCAGGCAAACCUUCCCAUGUUGUCACACAUCUGAGAAACCGAGAAAGACGGAAAUUUUAUGUGGAAGCACUUUCCUUCCCAGAUGCUGACUUCUCUGGGUUGGUUUCUUUCACCGUCUCCCUUCUGGAUAAUUCUCAUGGGAAUGUCUCUGGACCUCCGAUUCAUAAUGUAGGAUUGGUUUUCCGUGUGGCACCAUGGAUCAUGACUGCUAACACCCAACCACCCGUGGAGAUCUAUAUGACCAAAUCUAUGCCUGAUUCAGAAUUCAUGACUACCGUCCUUAACUAUUCCUACGUAGCUCAUUGUGAGCUGACUUUCUGCCUCAAGGACAAAAUUCGACUGGACACAUGGAUUGGGAACGAGGUGGCAAUUGGGUAUACCCAGAGUCCUCAACGAUGUUUUCCUGUUUUCCUCGACUUCCCCUGGACCAAGGGAUUUGAGGAAUUCGAGUUCAAAGACAGUCUGCCGUCAUCCUUUGGUUAUGUGAUCCAUGAACGGGAAGAUGAUGACAACCUGGAUGCCACUGGAUUCCUGGAAGUCAGCCCACCAGUCACUGCCCAUGACAUCUUUUAUCCCUUGGGCAGGAUUCUCAUUGGCGAUGGCAGCUUGCCCAGGGAAAACAUCACAGAAGUGAACCAAAGGCUACGGACAUUCAUCUAUGCCCAGAAUAUGCAAGACCCCCUAGAACUGUUUUCUGAAUGGCUUCUGGAGGGCAACGUGAAAGAAUUCCUGACCUUCGUCCCUGCCAAUGAUGGAAAGGGCUUCCGGCUACUCCUGGCUAGUCCCAGUGCCUGCUAUGAGCUAUUCAAAAUGGAGCAAAGACACGGGCAUGGGAAUGCCUCUGUGUUAGACACAGUGGAAGAAGAACUGCUCUAUUAUGCUGAAAGGAUGAGGAUGAGUAUCAAUGAGAUCUUGGCUGAUAAGCUCUUGCAGAGGCAGAAUGACUACGUACAGACUUGUAUCACUUGGAACCGAAUGGUGCUGAAGGAAGAAUUGGGGCUCUCGGAAGGAGACAUUAUUGACAUUCCCCAGCUGUUUCGCCUGGGCUGGAUCCAGGAUCCCACCACCAAAAAAGAAGUGCUCCGAGCAGGGCAUCUCUUCCCAAACAUGUUGAAUAUGAUCGUCCUAGGAUCUUAUCUUGGGAUCCCCAAACCUUUCGGACCCUUAGUCGAUGGAGUCUGCUGUGUGGAGAAAAAGGUCCAGAGCCUGCUAGAGCCAUUGGGCCUGAAUUGUCUUUUCAUCAGGGAAUUCUUCGGUCAUCAAGGAGAUCAGGGGGAUGCCUACUAUUGGUUCAACAUCCGCCGGAAACCAUUACCCUACAAAUGGUGGAACUUUAUCAUAUGA